CUUUCUUUCUUCUCUUCCUCCUCAGACCCGCGCCUGCUCUUCUUUCUUCUCCCCUGCACCCGAAAGUCCCCCAAGCUGCUGGCAACAAUUUUUGAGAAAAAACCGGUAAGAAGCUUGGAUUUUCCCCUUGUUUUCUUGUUCAAAAACUAGAUUUGAGCUUAGAAACCUCCUCCCCCUGCUGGAAAAUCAGGAUCUGCUCUGCUCCUCCUCUUCACUGCCGGCUGCUCCUGCUUUGUGGGCUGUGAUUUGCUCUGGUUUUUGGUAAGAAAUAGCCAUGAAUCUCCCUCCUCUAGCUUUGAAUUGCCUUGGGUUUACCUUAAUUGCUCUUAUUCCCUUCAAUUUUUGGGUCGUUUCCGUGAGCUUCCCCCUGCACUGCCGCCGGCUUCUUCUCCCUGCAGCUCCGGUUCCUUGCUUGCAAAUUCUGGUUCUUGAUCGUUCUAUUAGUUUAGCACUGAGAUCGAGUCUUCGGUUUUAUGCGAGUGAGGUAAGUAGAUUAUGACGCCCUUCGAUUUUAAAAGCAUGUUUUGACUUGUUUUUAAAGUGGUGGCGGGACUAAACCCGUUUUAUACAAAAAUGAGCAUGAUUGAUUUGAAAUAAGAUUAUUAUUCUUUUUAUUGAUUUGAACAUGCCUGCUUGAAGUUUAUUUGACUGCCCUGAUGAUUUGAAAGUGAUUGUGAAUUGUGAUUUUUCUGUUAAUUUUUGCCUGUUUUGUCUUCGAUAUGGUCAUGUUAUUCGUGUGCCCGCUAGUGGGAGGUUUAUAAAUGCUAGCACAUGUCGACAUGUUAUUGAUAAACGGGUUCGUUCAACCCUGCUAGUGGUGGUUAUACACCAACAAAUAGUGUGCCUGCCAGUGGGAGGUUUAUAACACUAGCCGUGACCUAUAGAGGAGACGUCUAUUUCGUUCCCAUACUGUAUCCAUUUUUCGUAAUUGUACUUAUUGGCAUGCUAUGAGUUUAAUUAAGGGCUAUCCAUAUUUACUUACUGAGUUUAUUUCAUAGUUUUUCCUUGUCCACCACUUCAGGAAGCGAAACCGCAGAAGGGGAAACCACGGGAAGUGACGAGUUAGAAGGCUAGCCAUAUUGUAAAUUUGACAUAGAUUUAGAUAUAAAUCAUGAUCUUGUAAGUUAGAUUGUAUCUGGAAAUUUUAUGAUAUCAGAGAAAAUAUUAAAGAUUUUAUUUUCAG